AUGGCGACUCUGUCUCCUCGUCUACACACCAAGGCCGCUGCCCCUCUCUGUCGACCACGGCAACGUUGGCAUGGUUCCCUUGAGAGGACCACCAGCAACUACCCGGUGAAGAAGCAUGCUGGGAGAUUGCAGGCGAGCUACAGGGGCCUUGAGGCACUGUAUGACGAUGGGUACCAGACGGUGAAGAACCUAGAUUACUACUACGAAUCACUUGGCGAGCUGGUGGAGCAUGACAGUGGGUCGGUGCGCUGGUUUUGCCCCGUCGACGCCGGCUCACCGAUCGAGGAUGCUCCUCUGAUGCUAUAUUUGCCCGGCGUAGAUGGAAUGGGGAUGGGACUCUUCAUGCAUCACAAGGCACUUGGAAGGAUUUUUGAACUAAGAUGCAUGCACGUUCCUCUUCAUGAUCGCACGCCAUUUGAAGACCUUGUUAUAAUGGUAGAAGAUGUUGUAAGAAAAGAGCACGCCACUUCUCCCAAUAAGCCGAUCUAUCUAUUGGGGAAUUCUUUUGGCGGAUGUUUGGCACUUGCAGUAGCUGCUCGUAAUCCACAUAUUAAUUUGAUAUUGGUACUAGUGAAUCCAGCAACAUCAUAUGAGAAGUCAGGCAUACAACAGCUUCUAUCGUUUUUCAGCCUGUUCUCAGAUCAAGCAUGUAUGGCUGUUACAGCUCUAUUGAACUACAACAUCGACAAUGAAGUGGACAUGGCUGUGGGUAGCAUGUUAAAUGGAAAGCAUCCAUUAGCAGCACUGAACAGAUUGACAAAUAACAUGACAUCAUUCCUGAAGCAUUCGAACAUACUGGACAAAAUACCAGAGGAUACACUUAAAUGGAAAAUGAAGCAGAUCAAACGGGCUGCUUCUUAUGCCAAUUAUCGUCUACAAUCGGUUCAAGCUGAAGUGCUACUGCUAGUCAGCUGUGCUGACAGGUUACUUCCAAGCAAAGACGAAGGUGACAGGCUGCAGAAGUUGUUACCAAAGUGUAAAAUUUACUUCUUUGAGAAGCACGGGCACAGCUUACUAUUGGAGUACGGUGUUCAUGUUGCAUCUAUCAUCAAGUGCACUGAUCUCUACCGCCAUUCGAGGAGGUACCACCGGGUUUUCGACUACAUCCCUCCAUCUGCAACUGAACUAAAGGAAGUAGACAAAGCUACGUGUGAUCUCAGAUUUAGGACCUGCCCAGCGAUGUACUCCACUUUGGAGGACGGCACAGUGGUGAGGGGCCUCGCUGGAGUACCCCAGGACGGCCCAGUGCUGCUGGUCGGCAACCACAUGCUUCUGGGCAUCGAGCUCAUCUCGCUUGCGGCGGAGUUCCUGCGGCUGAAGCGGGUCGUCGUGCGCGGCAUCGCGCACCCGCUCCUGUUCCCCAACAAGAAGAGGGCGUGGUCUGAGGGCCACGACUUCUUCGACUUCCUCAACCUGUGGGGCGGCGUGCCCAUGAUGUACAAGUCCAUCUACGACCUGCUGGGCGCCGGCGAGUUCGUGCUCCUCUACCCCGGUGGCCACAGGGAGGCGCUCCAUUGCAAGGGCGAAGAGCACAGGUUGUUCUGGCCAACCCAGACCGAAUUUGUCAGGCUGGCAGCACAGUUCAAUGCAACAAUUGUGCCUUUUGGAGUCGUCGGGGAGGAUGAUCUGCUAGAGCUGCUCUGUACUUUCGAAGAUAUCAGGAAUGCACCCUUUGGCAAGGAAAUGAUCCAAGCAUAUAGCAAUCAUCUGAAGCUAAGGGACGUGGACCAUGAGGUGUUCUUCCCAGGUCUGUAUCUGAAAAUGCCGGGCCGGUUUUACUACCAAUUCGGGAAGCCGAUUCCGACGAGGGGGAGGCAGGACGUCCUGACUGAUAAGCAGGCCGCGCAUGAUCUCUACAUGCAUGUUAAGUCGGAGGUGGAGCGAAUCAUCUCCUACUUGCUGGAGAAGAGGGUGGAAGACAAGUACAGGAGCCUCAUCCCAAGAAUGUUGUACCAAGCUGCUCGGGGACCCACCUGUCAAGUCCCGGCGUUUGAUCCCUGA